GCCCGCCCGCCGCCGCUGCCCGGUGCUGCCUCCCCGCCGCCAUGCUGGCCGCCGCCGCUGCCAUCCUCCGCCGCUGCGCCGUCUCCGGCCUCCACGCCGCCGUCCGCCGGCCCGCCGGCCCCGCAGCUGUACUGCAUGCCCGCUGCUACUCUCAUGGGUCACAAGAAUCAGAUGAAGAAUUCGAUGCUCGCUGGGUGACGUAUUUCAACAAGCCAGAUAUUGAUGCCUGGGAGCUCAGGAAAGGCAUAAACACACUUGUGGGUUAUGACCUGGUUCCGGAACCAAAAAUCAUCGAUGCAGCUCUGAGGGCAUGCAGACGGUUAAAUGACUUUGCCAGUGCUGUCCGCAUCUUAGAAGUUGUAAAGGACAAGGCAGGACCUCACAAGGAAAUCUAUCCUUACGUUAUCCAGGAACUUAGACCAACUUUAAGUGAACUGGGAAUCUCCACUCCAGAGGAACUGGGCCUAGACAAAGCAUAAACCUUACCGGUGCGUUACUCGAGCAUUUUACUGAUGCUACCUGAUUGUACACAGUCGCCUGGAGACACAAAUGUUAAAAUAUUACCUUAUUUGAAAUAACUUCUUCCUUUAUUGAGUCACAAUGUAUGUGAUGUGAAGUUGGACCUAAUAAAGGAAAGACUGGUUUGACUGA